AUGAUAUUCACGGGCGGGGGGGCGCGUCGCCGGCCUCCGCCAGCGCCCGCUCGCCCUCGCCCGCUCGCCUAUCAGCGAUUGCACGACAACUGGGUGGGUGCGAGUCGGUCUGUCGGCGGUUAUGAUGAGGCGCGCCAGUCUCGCGGCAAGCGCAUCACGCAGCGACGCGGUGCCAUCAAACACCAUAAAAUCCACGAAGUGCACGGGCACCGGUUUGUGGCGAAAUUCUUCAGGCAGCCGACGUUCUGCGCUUUCUGCAAGGAGUUCCUAUGGGGCUUCGGGAAACAAGGCUAUCGCUGCGUGGUCUGUCAAACGGCUGUGCACAAAAGAUGCCACGACAAGCUGCUGGGAAAAUGCCCCGGCUCCUCUGCGCACUCCGAUGCCACCGUGUUCCUACGCGAAAGGUUCAAAGUGGACGUGCCGCACCGAUUUCGUCCGCAUCAGUUCAUGUCACCAACCUUCUGCGACCACUGCGGAGCUCUUCUCGCCCCUUUUUUCACGCAUCAACUAAAGUGCCAAGGUACGCACCACGGAAUAUUUAUAACCAGCUUGAUGCGAAGCUACUAA